AUGUCGUAUCCCUCGUACGCCGUACUAGCGCUGGUACCUGCUGUCGUGUGGCUGCUGUACCUCCAGAUAAGCCAAUGGCGCUUCAAGAGAUUCGCGCACAUCCCCAGUAAGCUGCCAUCGAGUUUUCUCUUUGGCCAUCUCGGCCAUAUCGCGGCAGAAUACAAGAACAUAAGUAGUACCGCUCAUCCAGACUAUGUGUUUGAAAACAUAUGGAAGGCUCAAGGCAGCCCAGAAUACAUGUUCUUCGAUACGAGGCCUGUACAGCUUCCGCUUCUCCUCAUUGCGUCCCAUGCGAUGGCGGAGCAGAUCUCCAGAGCCAGCAAGACGCAGCAGUACAGCGUUACCAAAUCCCCGACUCUUCAAGGGGGCAUGGGGGACCUGAUUGGGAGGUAUUCCCUGAUCAGCGAGAAUGGCGAAUCCUGGAGAGGGCUUCGCAAGACGUUCAACCCAGGCUUCGCGCCGCAGCAUUUGCUUUCGUUGCUUCCUGUUAUGGUUGACAAAACGCAAACGUUUAUGAAAAGGCUGGACGCUUUGGCAACCUCCGGUGUCGCGGCCGAGAUGGACGGGUAUUGCACUGAUGUCACGUUUGAUAUCAUCGGCGGCUUAGUUACUAAUAUUGAUUGCAAGGCCCAGGGCGACCGUGAACAUGUCCAUCCCAUCGUCCGAGACUUCCGCACGCUGAAGAAUGUAUAUGCUGGGGACAAUGGUCUUAUGGCAUCCUGGUUGAACCCGGUAAUGCUCGCCAAAAAAUAUAUCUACAGCCGACGACUGGACUCGGCCGUGAAGGCGUGUGUCGUGGAGAAGUUUGCAGACAUCAAGUCAGCGCGACAUACGAAGGAGAAGAAAGACCGAUCGGUACUUGCGCUAGCGCUGGAAGGUACUGAUGAACUCACUCCUUAUAUCCUGCAAAGUACUGCGGAUCAAAUCAAAUCAUUCCUUUUCGCAGGGCAUGAUACGACCUCGAUUCUCCUACAGAGGUUGUUCUACGCCCUCUCGAUACACCCGGAUCGCCUCGCGAAGAUCCGCGCGGAGCACGAUGCCGUUUUCGGUGACGCAGAACCACACGAUGUAUUCCUCAAACGGCCAGAUGAAACUAUGAAAGCGCUCAAAUACACCUCUGCAUGCAUCAAAGAGGCUUUGCGACUGUGGCCCCCAGCAGCUUCUGCCCGAAUGUCUCACAACAACUUCAAAUUGAGCACCUCGGACGGAGAGGAAGUGCUUGUCGACGAUUGCGUCAUAUACAUCUGCCAUCAUAUCAUCCAACGAGACCCCAAAGUUUACGGAGAGACAGCAAAUGAGUUCGUCCCCGAGCGCUGGGUCGGCGACUCGGAUACAAGCAGCGCUUCUACUGAGGUCGACGGAUCGACCACGGGCGAUAGCAAGAUCCCCAUCAGCGCAUGGAGAGCGUUUGAGCGAGGACCUCGUAAUUGCAUUGGUCAAGAACUCGCCAAUAUGGAAGCCCGAGUCAUUCUCGCAUGUGUGAUGAGACGAUAUGACUUUGUCAAGGUUGGGCUUGGAGAGAUUGAGACUGAUAAAGCCGGUCAGCCUAUCAUGGACCAGAUGGGCAAGUACAAAACCAAGUCCAAGUUGAUCAACACGAUGUCCAUCACCUCGCGGCCUAUUGAUAAGACCGUCAUGCGUAUCAAGUUCCGCGACUCUGUGAGGAAGUAA